AUGUCUGCACCGCCUCCCUCCCCGUAUUCCGUACCGGCUCUCUGGGUCACCGUGGUCGGUGGCAUUGGGGGGCCGUUCGGUCCGCGGGCCCCGGGGGUGUUGCACUUGGGGGCCGCCCACGGAGCAUUUGCCUUCGGAGGAGAACAAGGCGACGCGGCCGAAGGGGGAGGGUGGAGCCCGAGUGAGUUCGAAAACGGGGAUCUUGCAUACUACGUAGCGUCCGCCGUCGACGUAGGGCUGCUCCAACCCAUCCCCCAGGCUCGAAGAGGGGGGCCACGGAACUCCCUCUUGAAGGGCGGCGAACUGUUCGUCAGGCGUGUCCUUUUGCAGUCCCAUGAAGCUAAGACUUAG